UGACAGGAGUAUGUACUAUAUACGUUGUUUCACAUGUAGGUACUAAUUGAAUUUACUUUUGACCAAAAUAAGACUAAUUUUUUUUUAUUAUAAGAUGAGUAACCUCAGUGAUUUAUCGCGAUCUAGUGAAUAUUUAAGUUUUCGAAGUAGUAUUCCAUUACGAAAGAUAGUUGUUGAUUCAGAUGGAACCAAGGCUUGGAAAAUAUUCGACAGUGGUCCAAAAUCUGUAACCUGCCCCCUCAUUUGCUUGCCACCCGUGUCAGGAACAGCUGACAUUUUCUUUAAACAAGUAAUGGGACUUACAACAAGAGGCAUUCGCGUUAUCGCAGCUGAACCUCCACCUUAUUGGAGCUUAAAAGAAUGGUGUGAUGGUUUCAGAAGACUUUUAGACUACAUGGAAUUAGAUAAAGUGCAUAUUUUUGGCGCUUCUCUAGGUGGUUUUAUUGGACAAAAGUUUACAGAGCUUACAAAAAACUGUCCCCGAGUUGCAUCUCUAAUAUUAUGCAACUCAUUUACUGAUACAUCUGUUUUUGAAUAUCAUGACUCUGCGGCUCUUUUUUGGCUCUUACCAUCCUUAGUUCUGAAGAGAAUGUUGAUGGGGAACUUUAUAACUGACAAAGUAGACAAAAGAAUUGCAGAUUCCAUUGACUUUAUGGUUGAAAGACUAGAAUCACUGACACAAACUGAAUUAGCAUCAAGAUUGACUCUAAAUUGUAUACCGUGUUAUGUAAAACCCCAGUUACUAAGUGAUUUGCCUAUUACAAUAAUGGAUGUGUGGGAUGAGAGUGCUUUGAGUUCAAGAGUUCGGGAAGAUUUGUACAAAUCAUAUCCACAAGCUAAACUAGCUCAUUUGAAGAGUGGAGGCAAUUUCCCUUAUUUAAGUAGAAGUGAUGAAGUCAACUUACAUUUACUGAUUCAUCUAAGGCAAUUUGACUGUACAGACUUCACUGCAUCAUACAUCAGUCUCCAUAAAUUAACGGCCCCCCAAGGGCAGCCAGAAGAAGGUUCUGUCAGCUACUUUAAUCAAAAAGAUAAAUUUGUCAAAAUUACAUAACAUAGAAAUUUAUAUGUUAAUUUCAUCUGGUCAUUCCAUAUUCAAUAAACAUUAAAAAUAAGGAAAAAUAUUAUCGAAUUUAAGCAUUUAAAAUGUCAAUUACAUGUUUUAUAUAUUGUUAUGAUUGUAUAUAUCAUUUUAAAUUUAUGACAAAAUUAAUAAUACAUGUAUUUAAAAAUUUACACAAUGUGUGUACAGUCUAUAUCUAUCUGUUAUGCAAGUUUUUGAAUUCGUAAGUUUUGGGAAAUAAAAUAAAAUAAAUCAUUAA